AAGAGAGAGGGAGGGAGGGAGAGAGAGAGAGAUGGAACAGCAAGAUCGGAGUAAUACGAGGUUAAAUGACAAGAAGAAGAACAAGGAUGACAAGGAAGAAGCGACGCUUCCCGGGUUCCGGUUCUACCCGACCGAUGAAGAGCUUGUCGGGUUUUAUCUUCGCCGGAAGGUGGAGAAGAAGCCUCCGAAGAUCGAGUUCAUCAAGCAGGUCGAUAUCUACAAGUACGAUCCCUGGGAUCUCCAAGAUGUUAGCAAGGUGGGAGAGAAAGAAGGCUACUUCUUCUGCAUCAGAGGGAGGAAGUACAAAAACAGCAUAAGGCCAAAUAGAGUGACCGGGUCCGGAUUUUGGAAGGCCACCGGCAUCGACAAGCCUGUAUACUCCAGUAAGUACCCCCACGAUUGCAUCGGCCUCAAGAAGUCUCUUGUCUACUACCGAGGCUCCGCCGGCAAAGGCACCAAAACCGACUGGAUGAUGCACGAGUUCCGGCUGCCGCCUGCUGGGAAAGGCGGCGCUAUAUCCUUUGCAAAUGACACCAUCACCGAAGAAGCAGAAGUAUGGACGCUUUGCAGGAUUUUCAAACGCAUACCCUCUUGCAGAAAAUACGUUACGACACCAGAAUGCAGUGAGGCCACCUUCAAGCAGAGCCCCAUCGAUUCGUGCUCUAAAUCGAGCAGCUUCGAAUCUGAAUAUGGAGACCAAUGCGUGAGUUUCGGAUCGGAUCAUUCGGCCGUAUCCGUCCAACCGAGCAAAAGAAAGCCAGCGAUCCGCCAUGUUGACCAAGCACAGUCCUCAUUGCUCAGCCAUUGCAACUCCAUCCCUCAGGCCCCCCCUAUGGCGACGCCGUGCUCGACCUUUUGGACUCUAAAUGGGGAGGAUAUCUUCGCAAACGGAAUAAACUGGGAUGAACUGAGAUCGAUAGUUCAUGGAGAGUGACUCCUCGCGGAAUUUUGUAAGACGGGGUGGGAAUGGAGAUUUGUGGAUCCGAGAGCGAACAAGAAGGAUUUGAAUCAAGGGAUGAACAUGAUGCAGCACAAGUUUUCUUUUCCCGGGAUUUAUUACUAGGAAACGAGGACACAUAUAGGCAUAGUUGUUCACAAUCAAAAGUAUGAAUCUCCUGUCUUAGUUUGGGAUGGAAGUAAACUUGGACUGAGAAGUUUGACAAUACCAGAUUUUUUUGCCUAGUGAACUUCACGUCCAAUGGAGGGGCAACGUCGUGUCGUUUUGCGAAUGUUCACGGCCAUUGGGUCAAAGUGUUGACU